GUGAUGGCUCUCGGACGAACCAAACAAAAGAAUUCCGAUCUAAUACUCACCGAUUUGACCUCCUGACUGCAGUACAGAGUCUGCUGCACGGCACGUGAUUGUUGCCCAAAACUUCACCCUUGAGCCUUCAGGUGUCCGCCAUCUCGUCGUCAUCAACAUCAACCCCUAAUACAUUCAUCUUCUUGCCGAUCUGAUGUUGUUGCGGUUUCACUAUUGCAAUCCAGCAUGACAAGCCGGGCUCUAACGAGGCCGGCAAUGAGAUUCCGGCCCAAUGCCCUCGCAGACGCCGUCCCAUCACCAACACCGCUCACAUGCAUGCGGCUACAACCACGCGGUGCGGGCAUGAGACCAGGGGCCUGCCAUUUAUCAACAAACAGCAGAGCAUCCACACAACGACACAGGCCUGAACCCCUCGGGGCCCCUCGCUGCUCGGCCCGCCGGCCAGACGGGACCGCACGGAGCUUCGCAAACACAGCAACCAGGCGCACCACACCCAAGGGAAGUGGACAAGGCAGCAGCAGGACGAGACGCAGCCGUCAACUGGCCACCCUGACACUCAUCGCCCUGGGCGCGGUGCUCUUCAGCGCCGCCACGGACAUCGGCAACCCCUUCGCCAACAACACACCCAAGGGCGUCCUGAACAGCGAGAGCUUCGUCCCCUUCACCGUCACCUCGAGGGAGCAGACCUCGCCCACGACCUUCAUCCUGACCGUCUCGGCGCCGGCGCAGCACCAGCCGGCCAACGCCGCCCUGGUCCGCGCCGCCUGGGCCCACGGCCUGUGGUCCGUCGAGAUCAAGCAGCCGCAGCUGCAGAUCGCCCGCAGCUACACGCCCCUGCCGCCGCCCGUGGCCCCCGGGGAGGGGGAGGAAGACGACGGCGGCCACCACCACCGCCAACUGCGCUUCCUCGUCCGCAGGUACGACGGCGGCGAGAUGUCCACGUACCUGUCCCGCCUGCAGCCGGGCGACGACGUCUACCUGCGCGGCCCGCACCUCGGCUUCGACGUGGCCGCCCGGCUGGGCGGCAAGGGCGGGCGCGUCGUGUUCCUCGCGGGCGGCACGGGCGUCGCCCCCGCGCUGCAGGUGGCGCGGCACCUGCUGCAGCAGCGGCGCGGCGAGCAAGACGAGGGGAAGUUGUCCAUGGAGAUCAUCUGGGCGAGCCGGUCGCGCGCCGACUGCGCGGGCUGCCCGCGGCUCCUCCCGCCGGGGAGGGACAGCGGCCGGGGGUUCUGGGGCCGGCUUGGGCUGGCCGGCGGGCCUGCGCCGCCCACCACCACCACCGCCGGGGCCGAGGACGCCGGCGGGGGGCCCGAGCAUCCCGUCGUGCGGGAGCUGCGGGGGCUCCAGGGCGCGUUCAGGAGCGCGGGCCACGAGCUGGAGCUGCGGUGCGUCGCGGACGACGAGGCCGGCGUGGUCGGCGCCGCGGACGUGGCGAGGGCGGUCGAGGGCCGGCCGCACAGGACCCCGUCGCCACGGGCUGUGGGCGCGGAGCCGGCGUCGUCGUCGUGCUAUUACCACUCGCAGCAGCUACUCCAGCACAGCACGCACGAGUCUGACGUCCGGCCGGGCGGCCAGCGCGGGGCUGGCGAGCCGGCGAGGGGGUGUACGUGUGAUGAUGGCAGAGGCGUGAGCGGGAAGAACCUGCUCAUGAUCUCCGGCCCGGACGGGUUCAUCAGCGCGUACGUGGGACCCAAGGUCUGGGCGGAUGGGGCCGAACGGCAGGGUCCCGUGGGAGGGCUCGUCCGCAAGCUCAUGCAGAAGAACCCGGGGGCCUGGGGGGACUGGCUCGUGCUUAAGCAAUGA